AUGAUGAUCAAGUAUUCAAGUGAAGCGAAGACCGUAUAUCUAUAUUCCCUUCUCUCUGAAUUGUGGAUAGAUAAGAACACUGGUCGUCUCUGUUUAUCAUUUUCUUCAAAGGCACUAAGGAUUACUAGAAUUGACGAUCGGAGAUACUGGAGUCGAAUCCCAACCGAUGAAUCCAGGUUCCAGUCAGUAGCAUAUGUGCAACAGGUAUGGUGGUUUGAAGUAGGAGGAGAGUUUAAGAUCCAGUUUCCAUGUGGAACAUACAGUCUCUUCUUCCGUAUCCAGCUUGGUAAAACAUCCAAGAGACUUGGCCGGAGGAGAAUCUGCAACUCUGAGCACAUUCACGGAUGGGACAUCAAGCCUGUGAGGUUCCAGCUCGCGACUUCAGACAACCAACGAGCUGUUUCGCUCUGUUAUCUGGACAACAACCCCGGGAACUGGAGUCAUUACCAUGUUGGGGAUUUCAAAGUGGAAAAUCCAGAUAUAGAAACAGGAAUCAAAUUCUCCAUGACUCAAAUCGAUUGCACUCACACUAAAGGUGGGCUGUGCGUAGACUCUGUUUUUAUAUUACCUAAAGAAAGUGCAGAAGAAGUCAUUCGAUCAAAAUAG